CUGCGGCUGCAGGCCAUGGUGGCUCUGGACAACCCAGAAGGCGGCCCUGAGGCUACCCCCAGCGCAGGGGGGACCAGGCUGUCCCUUCCUGGCUGCCUCCCUACGCUCAGCGGCUCACAGGCGAAGAGGGUCUCAGCUUCCAGGCGCAAGCAACAUUUUAUCAAUCAGGCUGUGCGGAAUUCGGACCUGGUGCCCAAAGCCAAGGGACGGAAGAGUUUGCAGCGCUUGGAGAACACCCAGUACCUCCUAACACUGCUGGAGACAGCUGGGGGCCCUCCGGGGGUGGAAGAUGGGGACCUGACUCCUCCUGCAGCACCUGGCAUCUUCGCCGAGGCUUGCAGCAAUGCCACCUAUGUGGAGGUUUGGAAUGAUUUCAUGAACCGCUCGGGAGAAGAGCAAGAGCGAGUGCUCCGUUACUUGGAGGAUGAGGACCAGGGCAAGCGGAGGCGCAGGCCUGGCCGCGGGGAGGACCGACGGAGAGAGGACCCGGUCUUCACACCCCACGAGUGCUUCAGGCGCAUCAGCCGUCGCCUGCGGUCCGUGCUCAAGCGUAGCCGCAUCCCAAUGGAAACCCUGGAGAGUUGGGAGGAACGGCUGCUGGCGUUCUUCUCGGUGUCCCCCCAAGCCGUGUACACCGCCAUGCUGGACAACAGCUAUGAGAGGCUCCUGCUUCACGCUGUGUGCCAGUACAUGGACCUCAUAUCAGCCAGUGCUGACAUGGAGGGCCGGAGGCAAAUGAAGGUCAGCAACCGCCACCUGGAUUUCCUGCCUCCUGAGCUUUUGUUGUCUGCCUACCUGGACCAGCAAUGAUGGCAGAGCCCCUGCCAGCCGCCUCACCCGGCCCAGACCUCUGUCUGCUAAUAAUAUUUUCCAUGCUUUCAGAAUUUGAAUACCACCCUUCCCCUCAGGAAUCUCCUUGCUCUUGCCCCUUUAUGUCUCAGAUCAGGGAGGCAUUGUAGCUCUCCACCCUGGUACUUGUAUUUGGGUGGGGAGACCUAACGGGGCCCAAUACCUCUCUGCUCUGGUACUUGUAUUUGGGUGGGGAGACCUGCCCGGGGCAUUUCCCUGUGUUUUCUCUGUUUAGCUUUCUUUGGCCCAGUCAUGCUCAGGCAAGGAGUAGCAGAUUGUUUUCUUCUUCCCUCUCCUAAUCAGUUUUAAUGAACUUGGCAUGUUUUCGGGUAGAUUUGUUUUAAUUUCUCUUUUGAAGCGGGGAGGCACAACCAAAACACCUAGCACCAGCCGGUAGUGGGCUCUUUUGUGACCCCUGCCUGACCCCUCCAGGUUUCAGCUCUGAAGAGGGUGGCUGGUCCUCUCUAGGACUCUGCUGACCUCCCCAGGGCACUUUUGUUUUGUGUGUGUGUGUGUGCGUGUGUAUGCGCGUGUGUGUGAGAGUGAGAGUGCGUGCGAGCACAUGUAUGCACGCCAUGUGCCCGUGAACCUGGACAAGCUUCGUCCCAAGGGCUCAUUUUAUGCUUUCUUUUUUGGUGACGUGUGUAUUAUGUCCCCAGCUCCCUGCCUGCCUUUCAGAUGGUCCCCUCUACUCCUCCUCCUCCUCCUUCCUUACACCAGGGGUCCAGGACUUCCAGCCAGAAGCCUCUGACCUUGUGUACCCUGUCCCCCUCCUCUGUCCCCUCUGCUGCCUGGCGUAGCUGUGGUCACGCAGAGUCCUCCCUUCCCCUUCCGUGUGACUCUUUGUGCUUGGGGAAAGGGACACUUUUAAUAAAGCCUUGGUGCUCGGG